UCAUUAUCAACUCGCGCUCGGUUCCGCAAAGUGGACAUUCGAUUGUUACAUUCUGAACCUAAGAUACAUACCUACAUAGCACAAAGUACGUCGUUAAAAGUUUUUGUUCAUCUGCAUUAAGCGUCAUUUCGCGAGUACCAUUCAUUAUUGGUGACGUUGAUGAAUUCGGCAGAAGAAUAUUCAUUCAAUUAAUGCCGUUCGGUGUAGGUAAAGAACAUCGUCUUACCGUCUAGAGUUUAUAGACGUACACGCGCUUUUAUCUUCGCCACUAGGACGUUUAGAACUCGUGUAUGCUUAUGCGCUACGACAAAUGUGCGAUCCUUUGAAUUGAAUGUUGCUAAACGGGAACGCAAUUGAUAACAAUACAGCGGCGGUAAAUUUCAAUAGCGUUGGCAGUGCUUUAUUUGUGACACUCGAUAAGGCCAGAGUGUAAAAUACAUCGUCAUUGUCUAUGGUAAAUAAAAGAAAACUGGUUCCCCUAAAAACAGAACCAUAUUGGGGACAAUGAAACAUUGAAGUUGGUGAAAUAUUAUGUGAAACUGCAAAACAAUGUUUAUAUCUGUUAAAGUGACUGCUCGAGGAUUUAUUGCACUGACAUGUGUAGUUCUAGUCAUAAUAGAAGCAACUCAAGCAUGCCUUCCUUAUGUGACCCGUGAGGCGUGGGACGCAAAACCUCCGAAGUCGGUAGAAAAGUUCUCCGGUCCCAUUCCGUUCGUUAUCAUUCACCAUUCCUACGAGCCGGCGGCCUGCUAUGACGAACUUGAGUGCCAGAAGGCCAUGCAAAUAAUGCAACAUAUGCAUCAACAGGUUCGAGGCUGGAAUGAUAUCGGUUACAGCUUCGCCAUCGGUGGUGAUGGCCGAAUAUACCAAGGACGAGGGUUCAAUGUUAUCGGAGCCCAUGCACCGCGAUACAACGCUCGCAGUGUCGGUAUCUGCUUGAUUGGCGAUUGGCGUUUUGACCUGCCUCCUAAGCAAAUGUUGAAUGCCCUACACAGUCUGAUCGAAUACGGAGUUCAUAAUAAUAUUUUAGAAUCGAACUACACUUUGAUUGGCCACCGGCAAACACGUCCGACGGAAUGUCCAGGUGACAGAUUAUACACUGAAAUACAAACAUGGCCUCAUUAUUCGCCGAUGAUGGACGUGGUUGACCCCAACAGUAUUCCAACGUAGACUAAACGGAAUGGUGGAAUGAAUUUUUAAGUGAAACUAAUUUAAAACAAAAAAGCACUGAGCGUAAAACGUAAAGUGAGGCUCGUUUGAUCAAUCCGAACAAGUUAUCAUGUGAUUGUGUUUGUAAAACUUUAUUCAGAGACUGCAAAUAAAAUAAAUGAGGUAAAUAUAGUACAUACUUGCACAUAUAACUGAGGUUUAGGAGACAUUCAUUUAUAAUCGAAGAGUUCAAUUCAACGGUUCCCUUAGAGAUCACUGGCUUUAGAUUUGAAAUCUUUCCACAAAAAUAGUCUCACCGACGAUUUUGGAUUUUUUUAUUAUAUAAGAAGUUAGCAAUUCAGUGAAUUUUUCAAGCAAU